AUGUCCUGGUUUCAAAAGACCAUAGUUCUGCCUCCCAAGUCACGGGGCAGCUACCUCAUCACCGACCACAUCGUCGACAGCCUUCCAGAGCUCAAGGGCUACAAAGUGGGCCUCGUCAACCUCUUUGUCCAACACACGUCUUGCGCGCUCUCGCUCAACGAGAACUGGGACUCGGAUGUGAGGGAGGACAUGAGCGAUGCGCUUGAUCGCAUUGCGCCAGAGGAUAAGAAGGGAGACCUAUACAGGCACUCGGCGGAGGGUUUGGAUGAUAUGCCUGCACACAUUAAGAGCGCAUUGAUUGGAGCGAGCGUGACGAUACCCAUAAAGGAUGGAAAGCUAGCGACUGGGACGUGGCAGGGAGUGUGGUAUCUAGAGUUCAGGGCAGCCAGGCACCAGAGGAAGGUGGUAGCUACGAUACAGGGAGAGAAGGCAUGA